UGAGCAGAUUUUAAUUCCUAUAGCAAAGCAAAAGGAAUCCCAUAUUCUAUCUAUCUAGUGAAAAUAUGGGGUCAAGGUAAAACUUGAAGUUGGAGCUCAUGGGGAUUUUCCUUUUGAAUGCGUUUGUGUUUUCUGUGCAGCAGACCGCCAUCCCUACUAUUAACUGGGUUCUCAACGAAACUUCAUACACCCGAUUAUGCAGCACGAAGAAGAUCUUGACGGUAAAUGGACUGUUUCCAGGGCCUGCUCUGCGUGUCCGCAAGGGUGAUAGAGUGACAGUGAAUGUUGAAAAUCAAGAGAGAUACAAUGUCACCAUUCAUUGGCAUGGAGUGAAGCAACCACGAAAUCCAUGGUCGGAUGGGCCAGAGUAUGUGACACAGUGUCCCAUUAAACCAGGCGCUAAUUUCAGUUAUGAUCUCAUUUUCUCCUCAAAGGAAGGAACUAUAUGGUGGCAUACCCACAAUGAUUGGUCUCGAGCCUGA